CCCAUUACGUCAUGGCACCCGGAAGAGUUGCUUGUUCUCUUCCGGGGUGGCCUAGAAAGGCGUUCUCGGCCUUGUCGGGCACCUGGGCUCGCGACGACGUGGGGACUUUGUCUUUCCUUUACGGGUUUCUCGCUUACAGAAAGUAGCUGGCGCUUCCCUCUUAGCCUUACGGGGUCUCCUCCUGCCAGGGAGUCAAUUCCAGAUGCCCCGCCAUGGAUGAUGACAGUCAGGACGAACUAAUAAAUAAGAAUGCUGCAGUAGGCAAAGUCAAAAGAACAAAUGCAUUGCUUUUCAGUGAUGUAGAAAGCAGCGAUGGAAAUAGUGGAGACUCGGAUGAUACAGACAGCGAGGAGGAAGGUGAUACUGACGAAGAUGCAGGUGAGGAGGACGAAGAAGGUGAAGAUGAAGAUUUAGAAGAUUCUGAGGAAGAUGAGGACGAGGAAGAAGAGGAGGAAAUGGAAACUUCUGCUGAACAACCAGCCCACUUGGUGAAAGAAAUACCACAAUUUAAUCAAGGAGGUGGUUCUUCGUCUGAUGAAGAUGCUGAAAACUGCCCAAUAUGCCUCAAUACAUUCAGGGAUCAGGCAGUUGGAACACCUGAGAACUGUGCCCAUUACUUCUGCUUGGAUUGCAUAGUAGAGUGGUCAAAAAAUGCCAACUCGUGUCCUGUGGAUCGCAUCCUCUUUAAAUCUAUCUGCAUUCGAGUGCGUUUAGGAGGAGAAGUCCUGAAAAAAAUUCCUGUUGAGAGUACAAAAUCUCAGGAGGAGGUAGAGGAUGAUCCUACUUUUUGUGAGGUGUGUGGCAGGAGCGACAGAGAAGACCGCCUGUUGCUGUGUGACGGCUGUGAUGCUGGCUACCAUAUGGAAUGCCUUAAUCCACCUCUGAGUGAGGUGCCUGUGGACGAAUGGUUCUGUCCCCCUUGUGCACCAGCUAAUAUGACAUCUGCAGAUACUGAAACAGAUCAUGUGAGUGAGGAUGAAGUUGCUUCCCUCGUAGCUGAUGUUAUCCCUACCACCAGUAGACUACGUCCCAGUGUUCGAACACGAGCAAUAGCUAGGACUCGUCAGAGUGAGCGUGUGCGAGCAACAGUAAACAGAAACCGGAUUACAACUGCACAGCAAAUUCAGCAUGUUCCAAGGUACCUUAUGUCUUCCUUUUUUGAUGAAGCAAUUGAGGCAGUUGCAGCAGGGUUGAGCACAGCAGUAUACCAGAGACCACUGACUCCUCGGGCCACCCCCAAGAAGAAACGAAAAAGAGGAAGAAGAAAGAGAGUGGCAGGCAAAAAGACCCAUACAAAAUCAUCUGCUGGCAAAAGGAGCACAGGAACAUGGAUUAAGAGACGCCGGCAUCGAACAAAGAAGAGAAAGGGGAAAAAAAUAAAAAUACAAACAGAUGUGACUGUUCGUUCUCGAAUUGCAAAAACUCUUCGUCUUGGCAAGCCCGUACAUGGCAUGUCUAUCCCUUCUGUGUACAAACCAGUGGAACCCUCACUUGGCUUUAUGAGAGCAGAUAUUGGAGCAGCCUCUCUCUCUGUUUUCGGAGACCCUUUUGAGCUGGAUCCGUAUAACAGUAAUGAAGAGCUUCCUGUAAACUCGGCCUCACCUGUGAGCACUAAAAGGAGAAUCCUCUCUCAGUCAGCACUUCGAUCACAUCGCCCUGUUGCUAGGCCAGUUGCUGUGGGGCUUCCUGGGAGGGGUGUGCCUGCCUUGGUACCUGAGCCUGAAGCUGAGCCAGCAUCUGUGCCUGACCUGUUGGGGAGCAUUUUGUCUGGACAAAGUCUUCUUAUGAUGAGUGGGUCUGAUGUCGUGAUUAAUAGAGAUGGAUCUUUAACUGCAAAGAAAACAGUCCCAUUGUUGCACAGCAAUUCAGUAAGUAAUUCAAGAGUAGAGGAAAGCUUGGAAGGCACUACCCAACCUGACGCAUGCUUGAGAACUGCAGUUAGUAAUUCUGUUUCUGAAUCUUUGGCUUCUUCACAACUGAAUCCUAACUCCAGAUCUACCACUUCAAAUGCUUGUUCAUCAUCUCCACUCUCAUUAAACAUAGCGAACAAAGCAGCAAGUCCAUUGCAGACAACAGCUGGAAGAGCACCUGUUCGAUUUGAAUAUUCAAUGACUCCAAGAUCUGUUCAGGCUCAGAAUCUAGCAAAUUUGAAUAAAUGUAUUCCCAAAUUGGGCGAAGCAUCCAGAUUUAAUGGCAGCUCUAAACUGCCUAUGGGCCUGCAUUUUGCAUCUUCCAAGUCAUUGCAUAAUACCAUCAGUUCAGUUUCAAAAACUGUACCUGUGAGGCAGCCUCUAAAACCUGCUCCAAAAAGGCUUGAUAUCUCUGAACUUCCCAGGAUACCAAAGAUUAAAAAGGAAGCAAAUAGUGGGCAUUUGGAGUCACAGUCCGCCAGUAAUCGAAGUGGUGAGAUUCCCAGCUCCUGUAUAACACAAUUGACUGGCAAAGGGAACACAGACCAGCCAAUUAGAGGUAAUAAAAUGGAAAGCAGCACAUCACAUGCCCCUCAGAGGCAAGCACAUGCUAGUGGAGGUACUCCUGCUGCAAAUGCUGCUGCUCGUGGCACUUCCUCCGUUCCUCCAUCAAGAGGGAAAUUUGGAAACUCUUCCUUUGAGAGUUUUAAAAUUAACAUCCCUGGAAAUGUUGAGCAUUCCAGCAGACUGUCUAAUCCUGGAUUCUGCAAUACUUUCCGGCCUGUUGACAAUAAAGUGGAACAGAAAGAGAAUCCUUCACCUCUCUUUUCUCUGAAAAAGACAAAACCUGUCAAAAGUGAAAUAUAUGAUCCUUUUGAUCCAACAGGUUCUGAUUCGAGUUCUACAAACAGCAGUCCUGAAAGAUUGCCUCUUACCAAUAUCACCAGGACAAUAUCCAUAGCAAGUCCAAAAGUCCAGACAUUCCAAACAAUGCGUCGUAUUACCCCUUACACACUGGAAAACAUCUUUGGGUCGGGGGCAGAUUCGCCUGAUGCGCAGUCGAGUAAUGCAGAGUCUAAUGAUGAUGCACUGAUUAAAGAAAGGCUUGUGGAGCAGGUCUCUGAUACAGAACAAGAAAAAAUGGAUGAGGAAGAAUUAUCAAGUGCACCCUGUACUUCAUCUGCCAUCAAGCAAGAAGUUACUGAUGUAGAGCAUUUACAUAAAGAAAGUUCUAAGAUAGGUUUUGAAGAUGACCAGGAUAAGUCUAGAGUGAACGUGGACUUGGACUGCCUUACAAGUGAGAAUGAGCAGCAAAAUACACUUAAAAAUGAGCCAACUGAGAAACACUCAUUAUCACACUCCCCAUCAAAUUUCAGUUCUCUGAGCCAGAAGAACUUAAAACAGAAAAAGACAGCUGUAAAAGAAUACAAAUCCACCAAGUCAAGAUCUAGAUCAAAGGACAGAAGCUCAAGAUCUACUUCUCGGUCUGAUGAAGAAAGCAAAAGCCAAAGGAUUAAAUCAAAGGUCAGGCAGUCAUCAAGUGAGCAAUCCAGUAGUUGUGAGCGAUCAAAAAAAAAGAAAGCAAAGGAUAAAACUAAAGAGAAAAAAGCAAAGAGCUCCUGGCCAAAAGAACAUAAGAGGUCUAGAUCACGAUCUGCUAGUCCAGGUAACUCUUUUGAAUGCUAUGGAGGCAGAAAGAAAAAAAAGCAUUCUGCUUCCAGGGCCAGGGAACGAGAGUGUUCCCAUUCAAGCAGUGCUGAGAGGUUUAAAAAAAAGAAGCACAGAAGAGGGAGAAGCUAUGACAGGUAUGAGAAAGAGAGGUCCUCAAGAUCCCAAGAGAGGAGAAGAUCAAGAUCUAGGUCUCUGGAAAGACGGAAAAGGAGAUCAAGAUCAUCCUCUCCAUCAAGAUUUAGAGAACAUAAAAGAACUAAAUCUAAAGAGAAACAGUUGCAAUCUAGGUCACGGUCCAGAGAAAGGAAACACAAGCCAAAAGAGGUGUUGCUGCUACCUCCUCAAGAGAAGGACAAGCGAUCUUCAGGUGAUAGCUUGAACAGGUCUCUUGAACCUGCUCUUCCUCUGUUACAAGAGGUAGAAGAUACCAUGCAAGAACCUUUGAAUGUUCAUGUAGAUAUGAUAUCUGCACAGGAGAUUACUGUAAAAGAUAACGUAAGAGAAAAUGCUGUAGAAGAGCCCAUUUCAGUAGAGCAAGUCUGUGAGAAACUUAUAGAUGAGGCAAUUCUUUCUCAGCUGGAAUGCACAAGUCCUCAAACAUUGCCAGACAAUGUAAAUUCCUCCUCCAAGAAGGAAUCAUCAGCAGGUGAUGUAUCACCAGAGCUGAGUAGGCAAAAAGAUACGACACUGGAGGAAAUUACACUCAAGAAAGAAGAUGUGUGUCCAUUUCUAACAGAUUCUCUUUUGAAGGAGGAGGAACUUGUACAGGAUGGUGAUGAGGCAACACCUACCCAGUCUUCAGCUGAAAUGAAAACAGCAACAGAGGCUAAAGAUGUUGGCCUUGUCUUAGAUGAGAUUGCAGCUGAUGUAAAUAAACCUGAAUUAGAGGCAGUAGCCCAAGUUCCUGUGUUGAAAUCUAGAGCAUUAGUGAAAAGGGUCACAUGGAAUCUACAAGAAGAGGGAAGUGAUACAGUGACUGUGGACAAAACACCAAGAGUGCCAUUCUGCAAACAGCAGAGAAUGAAAGAAGGGGUCUGGAAAGCAGAGGAUUUGACCCAAACAUUAAAUCAGGUGCAGUUAUCUGAGCCUCCUCCAACCAAUUAUAUGAUUCCUGAGCCUAUGUUUCCUGAUAUAGAUUCCUCUCAGGUUUACAACCAAAACCUACCUUUGACAGCGCCACUGGCCUCGAAUCUGCCACCUUAUGCACCUGUUAGCCAGCCCACUGUUCAGUUCAUAAUGCAGGGGAGCCUUCCCUUGCUUGGCUGUGGGGCAGGGCAGGGACUGACUCCAGAGCCAGGCAACCUGACUACAGCCUCGGAGCCAGGAAUUCAGGCAGCUUCCACAGGAAAUACAGAGGAAGAGAAAAUCAAAGUUCCUAAAUCCCCAGUGGAGAAAACAAAAAAUGAAGAGUACAUGAAGAAGCUUCACAUGCAAGAGAGGGCUGUGGAAGAAGUGAAACUUGCAAUUAAGCCCUUUUACCAGAAGAGAGAGAUUACAAAGGAGGAAUAUAAAGAUAUCCUUCGGAAGGCGGUGCAAAAGAUCUGUCAUAGCAAAAGUGGUGAAAUCAACCCUGUGAAGGUGGCUAAUCUUGUGAAGGCUUAUGUUGAGAAGUACAAGCAUAUAAGGAAACACAAGAAGAAUGAUACUGAAGAAGAACCUCGGGAAAUUGCAAACUGAGAAGCUAAGACUUCAGGUGGAACAAUGGAGAUACUUCACGCCAAGGAAUUUUUCUUCCUCUACAGGAAGAUGGAGAUAUGCAAUUGCAUGUUAUAGAUUGCUCCCCCCCCUCCCCAGUACUGGAGGCAAUGGGAUUUGCCUGCAGGACUAGAAGACUGGAGUCUCCUCUUAAAUUUCUCUGCAAUUCAAGAACCAAAAUAAGUCAGCAUAUCCCCCUUUAACUUGUGGAGUAGCUCCGGACAAAGAAAACUGUGUGAGUGUGUAUAUAUGUAGAGGGAAUGCCCUAUCAAUUUUCAUGGUUUAGUUUGAUCACAUAUUUUGGGGGGAAAGGUCUGUGCAAUUGUCCUGCUCACUGUUGAAAGCAGACAUUUUUAUAUACAGUAUGCGGCAAUGUAUGCUGUUCCCAUUGUGUUCUUAUCUAUGAGAAAUAGGGAUUCUUUAAAAAUUUCUCUAAAAUUGGUUUAAUACUUGAACUGUGGUAUUUUCAGCUUAUUCAAUAAGAGAAAUGUUCUGACAUAUGGGAAAUGCAGAUGCGCAUUUAGCCUUUAUAAAUUCUCUUCGGAAGAUAUUGCUCCUCAAGUGGCAUUGAUUUAUCUUUUGUUAGUUGUCAGAGGAACUCUAGCUUGAAUUUUUGGGGGAUUUCAUGACAGGACAACUGGACUAAAUUGCACUUCCUGUGAAUAAUGUGCUGAAAGUUUGUUUUGAAUUUUUUUGAACGAAAUUGCCUUUCACCAAGGGGGAGGGGGAAGAGAUACUUUGCGAACUUUCAGUAGCAAACCCGAGGAAUGCAACGGAAGGAUGUACAAAGCAGAAAUGUGACAAUUUAUAAAAUUAUUUUGAAUUGUUU